ACCCAAAAUCCAACACUGUAAGAGAGAGAAAGAAAGAGGGUGAGUUUACUCUCUCAAGGCUGCUGCUGCUGGCUUGCACUGCCAUCAAAAGUUGUGGUUCUUAGCUUGUAGUAAUAGGUUUAUAGAGAGAAGGAGAGAGAAAGAAAAGCUCCAUCAUCAUCAAAGCUUCUUCUCUUUGAUGUGCUCUCUCUCUCCACCAUCUUGAAAACCCCCUUAUCUUUUUAUUAAAGAUUGGGAGGGGUGGGUUUUCAAGAGUUUAGAGAGAAAAGAAAAGGGAAAAGUUCUCAUCUUUAUCAUCUUCUCUAACCUUAUAAUAGCAUCCUCUCUCUCCUUUUAACUUCAAAAAUCAUUAUAUACUAAAAUAACAAAUCCCACUCCAUUAUUACUUCCCCUUUUCACAAAGUCCACACUUUUACUCCUCACCCUUCCUCUCCCUAUCAUUUUGCUCUUUCUACGAUUUUUUUUUCUUCCAUGGAUUCUUAUGAAGCUACGAAGAUGGUUUUUUCAAGGAUCCAAAGCUUGGACCCUGAGAAUGCCUCUAAAAUCAUGGGUUACCUUCUUUUACAGGAUCAUGGAGAUAAGGAGAUGAUACGCAUAGCUUUUGGACCAGAAACUCUUCUGCAUAAUUUAAUCCUUCAAGCCAAAACCCACUUGGGUCUUAUCUCUAACACACCAUCAACUCCCUCCACACCUUCUCCACCUUCACCUUUUAAUCCUACUUCGAGACCAAACCCUUUGUCCAUUUCUUCUUCAAGGAACACUACCAACAAUGGCUUUGACAUCACAAUCCCAUCUUCGCCUUCUUCAAAUUCUUGGCCUCUUCUGAGUCCUAACUCUACUUCUUCACUCUCUUAUGCUAGUAUUGUUAAUGGAACCAGUAAUAACACUGUUUCUUCCUCAUCUUUAUCAUCUACCGUGUCAUUAUCUAAUGCAUUCCCAUAUUAUAACAGUAACAGCACUAACAAUAACGCGAGUAAUGAUCUCAUUGAUGAGUAUCAGCUUCAGGACCACUUCUCUUUCCUCAAUGAUUCAAAGACAGAUGAUUUGUUUGAUCCAAGGCUAGAGUUAGCUAUGAGCCCAACUGCCUAUGGUGAAACCCAUUUGCAUAGAAGAAGCUAUUCAGUGCCUGGUAUGUGUUUUGGGUCUGAAGAUGCAAAUUCUGGGUUUGGAUGGAAACCAUGUUUGUAUUUCGCAAGAGGGUUUUGCAAGAAUGGAACUAGUUGCAGGUUUCUUCACGGAGACUCAGCUGAUGGUGGUACUAUUGUUGGUUCACCAAGUAAACUCAGUGAGUUUGAACAGUGUCAAGAGCUUCUCAGAUCAAAAGCAGCAGCCGCUGCUGCAGCAGCUGCUCAACAGCAUAAACUAGCUGCAGCUUCACAAUUCAUGGCUGGAGCUCCUUUUCCCUAUAAUAAAUGCAUGAAUUAUCUUCUUCAACAACAAAAUGACUCCCCGAGAUCGGCUGCAGCAGCUGCAUUGAUGAUGGGAGAUGAGCUUCAUAAGUUUGGGAGAUGUCGUUCGGAAAGGAAUGAUUUUUCGCCAAUGGGAUUAGGAGGGGCAAUGAACCCAGGUUCUAGACAGAUCUAUUUGACAUUUCCAGCUGAUAGCACAUUUAGAGAAGAAGAUGUUUCAAAUUACUUUAGCAUUUAUGGACCAGUGCAAGAUGUAAGGAUUCCAUAUCAGCAAAAGAGAAUGUUUGGUUUCGUUACAUUUGUGUAUCCAGAAACAGUGAAGCUUAUUUUGGCCAAAGGAAAUCCUCAUUUUGUUUGCGAUUCGCGUGUGCUUGUUAAGCCCUACAAGGAGAAGGGAAAAGUCCCAGACAAGAAACAGCAGCAUCAACAACAACAGAUGGAGAGGGGAGAGUACUCAGCUUGCUCAAGCCCUUCUGGGCUUGAAUCAAGAGACUCAUUUGACCUUCAUCUUGGAGCUAGAGUGUUUCAGAAUACUCAAGAAAUGUUAUUGAGAAGGAAAUUAGAGGAACAAGCUGAGCUGCAGCAAGCUAUUGAACUCCAUGGAAGAAGACUAAUGAAUCUGCAACUUCUUGAUUUUAAAAAUCAUAAUAAUCAUCAAUAUGUUCAUGGAUUAUCCACUGGCUCUCCCAUUCCCUCACCAACUCUCUCUCGCACUACCAAUAAUCAAACCCUCAUUUUUGCGCCUGAUGGCAUUGAUCAGGAAGCUCCUGAAGUUGCUGCAGAGAAUGGUUGUAACCCAGAUGCAGCAGCUCCUCGAAAUGCGGUUGCAGAUGCUGAACAGGGAGGGAAUCCUACUAGCAAUUACAGUAAUGGCAAUAGCAACAGUAGUAGUACGGAGGAGAAGACCAACAUUGAAGAAAGUGAUCUCCAUGAAAGUUUGGAGCAUAUCCUUCCUGAUAACCUCUUUACUUCUCCUAAGAAAUCAGCUGGUCAUGAUCAUACUGUCUUCUCAGCAUCUGCUUUGGAGGCUGAUGAAAAUGGAACGAGUCAAACUACUUCUUCUUCUUCUUCUAACAAUAACCCCAUAAUGCCGACCGCUUCCACUCUCAGCAUGACUUCCCUGAAAUCAUGCUUUCUCCAAAUGCCCAGGCUUUCUUCUGGGCAUGGAGCCAUUGGCAUGUAAUUGCCAAAGGUGAGUAAUGGCCAGCAAUGGGGAGAUUGACUUUGCUAGGAAAUAUUGGAAAGCAUUAUACAUGGAAGAAAAAGAAAAUCCUCUAGCUGUAUAGCCAAAAACCAUACCCACAACAAAAGAGAAAAAAGAAAAAAGAUCCGUAGACAAGAUCUCAUCAAGAUCACCAUCAUCAUCAAUACAUACUACUUACAAUGAAUACAUAAUGCAUACAUAAAAGGACAGAUGAACUGAUAUAUGAGAGUGGGGUCUUUCUGUUUUCCUCACUAUAUGUACCCUUCUCUGUAGGUGAGUGUGUGUGUGUGUGUAUGCUGGACCACACAGCAAUAGCAUAAGUAACUCUCUCUCUCUCUCUCUCUCUCUUAUAUUAUCUGUGUAAUUUAGUCUCUCUUUUACUGGUUUUUAGUUUUUUUUUUACCAUCAUUUCUUGUGAGAUGAAAUGAAAGAAAAGGAAAAAGAAAAAGAUUUGAACCUUAUACAGCAAUGAGGUUCUUUUGUAUGGUGAAGAAUAGUUCCUAUGUCAUUAUGUGUACAGCAAUAGACCCCAACAAGUUUAAAGAACUGUAGCAGAAGUAUAACUACUAUAUGGAUAUGGAGCCCAAAAGGGCAACUCAAGUGGAGGGUAAAAGCUGUCUCACUUCUACUUUUCUUUUACAAGUUUUUAUUACCCUUGUUGUCACUGUAUCAUCUGUCACCCAUUAGAUAUAUGAAACAGGCAGAACAGGAAAGGUAUUUAAGAAAAAAAAUAUUUUCUUUUCAAAAAAAAAAAAAAAAAAA